UACUCUUCGCUCUAUGAUCAAAGUCUUAUAUGUCGAAGGUAUUGUAUUAAAACUACCUAUGGUGUUGGUGAGUGAAGAAAGCAAAUUGUAAUCAACAUGAGUAAUUUGAAUUUUGUCCCAGAGUUUUGGCGAAAUGGGCCUUCACCGGGGGCAUUUUAUAAUUUUCCGAAUAGUUGUGUGAAGCCAUGUGCAGAAACAAAUGUUCGUCAACGGUCUCAGGCGCCCAUCACCACGGGCACGUCCGUGCUGGGGAUCAAGUUCGACGGAGGCGUGGCCAUAGCCGCAGACAUCCUGGGCUCGUACGGCUCGCUGGCGCGCUUCCGCGACUGCCCGCGCGUCAUGAAGGUCAACCGGAACAUCAUCCUGGGGGCGGGCGGCGACUACGCCGACUACCAGUACCUCAAGGACAUCAUCGAGCAGAAGAUCAUCGACGACGACUGCCAUGACGACGGCUUCCACCUGAAGCCCAAGUCCCUGCACUGCUGGCUGACGAGGGUGCUGUACAACCGUCGCUCCAAGUUCGACCCCUUCUGGACCAACUUCGUCGUCGGGGGCAUCCAGGACGGAGAGACGUUCCUGGGCACGGUGGACAAGCUGGGGACGGCGUACGAGGACGCGCACAUCGCGACGGGCUACGGGGCGUACAUCGCGCUGCCGCUGAUGCGCGACGCGCUGGAGAAGAACCCAGACCUGGACAUGCGGCAGGCUCAGGAGCUCCUGGUGAAGUGUCUGGAGGUGCUGUACUACCGGGACGCACGCUCCUUCCCCAAGUACCACCUGGCCACCAUCCACAAGCAGGAGGGCGUGAGCGUGUUGGGACCCCUGGAGCUGACCACCAACUGGCAGUUGGCGCACAUGAUCAAGGGCUAUGAGUGAAGAUAUUACUUUUGUUACAUGUAUCCUUUGCGAAUAAAUUCAUAAAUUUGCAACUUA